CUCUCUACAGGCGAAACAGGUUUUAUUCACCGUAUGGACAACAUUUCUAUCAAUAUGAUUUUCACACUUUCUAGCCUUAAGGAAUCAAAAGCAAACAAAUAUAUAUACUUUGUUUUUAUUUUAUUUGUCUAUUUUUUAAUUAUUUUAUUUAAUCUGACUCUGAUUGUGACAAUUAUUCUAGAGAGAGCACUGCAUGAGCCCAUGUACAUCUUCCUGUGUAACCUGUGCUUCAAUGGUUUGUAUGGGACAGCUGGUUUCUACCCUAAAUUCCUGUCUGAUUUGAUUAAUGACAAUUAUCUUAUCUCAUACAAUGGUUGUGUACUGCAAAUAUUUGUAAUCUAUGGUUAUGUAAUGUGUGAAUUUGCAACUUUAAUGAUAAUGGCGUAUGACAGGUUUGUUGCAAUAUGCAAACCAUUGAACUAUCACGCCAUAAUGACACCAACAAAUACUGGCAGAUUAAUUUUAUCUUCGUGGUUGUUUACCUUGACUACUGUGAUCACUGCAAUUACGUUAACAAGGAGGUUGGAAUUGUGUGGGUCCCACAUUGAUAAAUCCUACUGUGACAACUGGUCAGUUGUGAAACUGUCUUGUGUACCAACUACAAUUAAUAAUGUGUUUGGAUAUAUUUUAAUACUUUCAUUAAUAGCUCAUGCUGUUUUUAUUUUGUUUUCUUAUAUGAAAUUGAUCAAUGCAUGCAUAAAAUCACAGGAAAACAAGAAAAUAUUUAUGAAGACCUGUUUACCACAUUUACUUUCAUUAAUAAACUUUACGGUGGCUAUUCUUUUUGACACAUUGUUCAGUCGCUAUGGAUCAAGGGAUUUCCCACAAAGUUUACGUGACUUCCUGCAGCUGGAGUUUCUAAUAAUUCCUCCUCUUUUAAAUCCCAUUAUAUACGGGCUGAAACUGACCGAGUUGCGUUUCACUGUUGUAGCUCAAGGAAGGGUGGUACUGGAGCUUCUCCACCACGUUUAUCUUGUCAUGUACCGGCGGCAGUGUAGUGUAAUGGUGAAGGAGCUGGUCUUGUAACCUAAAGGUCACAGGUUCGAAUCCCAGGUAGGACAUUACUGGAAUUGCUUCUGCGCAAUGCUUCUGUAUAAAUGGAUGUGAUGUAAAUGCUACGUAAAACCUGUGUUAAUUAAAGUCGCUAAAUGCCUGUAAUGUAAUGUACCUUCAGCAUUCACAGACCUGCAGGACCCUGGGCAGCGUCAGCCCCACUCGCAGAAAUGGUGACAGCACGGCCAUUAAUCACAGCCUGCUACCCACUGUCUAAUUGUUGAGUUCUGUAAAAGGCCUAACUCUCAGACCUAGAAGAGGAGGACCCCAGGUUCCUGGGUCUCCAGAGGUCCCCAACUGCUCCUGGUGUCUUGGCCUUCCCUGCCUACCAUUGCAGGCAUUGGACAUUUUACUGCGUAUUCCAUUCUGUAACUCAGCACAUCCUACCAAGCUUUAUAAUCUAAUAAUACUUUUAGAGCCAUGUUGUCCAGCUAACUCAACAAAGCUGGCUAAUUUGAUUCUAAUUAUAAUUUCACUUUUUCUGUACAAAGCUGAAUAAUUUUUGUUUUUUUAAUGAAAACCAAUUUGUUUAUUAGCAUGUACUUAGCUGAAUGCCAUGUUUAACUGAAUGUGAUUUGCAAGGAUUUAGAUUUGGCAUUCUGCCAUCAAAAAAUUGCACACAUUUCCUGAUGUAAGGAAUACACAAAGAUUCUCUGUGAGCUGCACUCACACGCAUGGGGGAAGCUGUGGCUCGUUGCCAAAUAAUCACAGCUGUCAGCCAUUGCUUAAUUGCUGAGUUCUGUGAAAGGUCUAACUCUCAGACCAAGAAGCAGAAGGGCCCAGCCACAGCCAAACCCAAUUUCCCUGGUCUCCAGUCAUUUUGUCAAAGCUUAGCAGGUCUCUAAAGUCCUCCCCGCCCACCACUGCUGGGCCUCCCAGAGGGCCUCUCACCAACUGCCAACGCGAAGCUUCCAGAAAAUCCUCCCCACGCACCACUGCUGGGCCUCUCACCAACUGCCACCGUGAAGCUUCCGGAAAGUCCUUUAUCAACCACCACCGCGGCCCUUCUUGAGGGCAUGGGCGUUUGCUUUGUUGUUUCCUUUCUGUACAGUUUGGUUUACUAUUGUUAAGACAAUCAAUCAGCCAUUGCACGGAGUGCACACCAAAAAAAAAUUCUCAACAAAAACAUGUUUUCAGCGUGCAAAAAAGUUACUCCCCCAUCAUGCAAAGCACUGUCUAUAAGACAUUAAUGAAAACUUGCAAAAUCUAGGUCUACUGUUAAAAGAAUUGAUAUCAAAUUGAGGCCAAGUUACA